GACGAAAAACCGGAAAAAAAGCGCCGGUGCCAGGCUUCAGUAGAGCGCCCCGCAGUCGCUCCUUCCGUCUCUAUUUCGCCGUUGGAAACCGUCGGUGGGCUCCCCGAGCCCACCCUCUCAUCGGUCAAACUGGCGAGCGCGUUAACCGCUGGCAUGAACCCCCACCAUCCGGGCCACUCCGCAGCCUACCCUCACCAUCCCUCGCUCUCGAGCAGUCCGCAUCAUCCGGGGCCCGGCGGGCCGCAUCACGCGUACGGUACCGGGGGUAGAGGCGGCGGGGCCGGUGGCGGCGGCACCACCACCACCCCCGACCUACCCAGCCCGCACUCGCCACCGCACGCCGGCGGCGCCGGCGAUCCCGCCACUCCCUAUGGCGUCUUGCAGCCCGGACAGGGCAUGGGCAGCAACGGGCAUCACCACGGCGGCGGUGGCGGUAUGAUGCCGGAUCAUCCGCAUCAUCCGGGACACCCCCAUCCGCACAUGCCCGGACACCCCGCGUAUCCACCGGUCAACCACAAUAACAACUGCACUCUCAAGCAAGAGGGCGGUCCAAGCAGGCCAACAGGCCUUCGGCUUUGCGCCGGCUGCGGUGUACAAAUAGUGGAAAGAUACCUGUUGUUCGCGAUGGAUCAGUACUGGCACAUCGGCUGCCUCAAGUGCACGUAUUGCCAAGUGAUAUUGGGGGAUGUCGGCGGGACCUGCUACACCAAAAGCGGCAUGAUUCUCUGCAAGACAGACUACACGCGGAUGUUCGGUGGCAAUGGUGGUAUCUGCUCGAGUUGUGGCAACACAAUACCACCGAACGAACUGGUCAUGAGGGCCAGCGAAUCGGUGUUUCACCUGAAAUGUUUCAACUGCAAUAAAUGUGGUAAUCCGCUCAACCCUGGCGACAGAUAUUACUUGCUGUCGGGCUCGCCAGUCUGCGAAAGCGAUUGGAACAAGAUUGUCAAGUCGGGCGUCACGGCAGCGACAGCCGCGGCUGGCAACAGCGGCGCACCAGUUAGGAAAGGUAAGGUCGGCAGGCCUCGAAGGAGCCGCGAAUGAGGUGGCAACCCGGUCGGUCGCCCGAAGAAGGUGCAACCUUCUCCGCAGCCGACGCCCCCCGUCAUCGUACCCUCGCCUCAGGUCGAUGUCGUGGACGUCGCCGUUGGAGUGGAUCCCUAUUCGCCGCCUCCGCCGGGUCAUCAGCAUUAUCACCAUUACCACCACCAUCAUCACCACCAUCAUCAGAUGGCACUUGCGCAUCCGAGUCUGGCGGCCCAGCAAUCGCACCUGCCGGCGUCCGGCUAUCAGGACUGGUCGCCCUGGACCCAGGAUACCUGCGAUUAAAGCCGCUGCUAUGCGGCAGGACCGAAUCCCAAAAGGACUUCGCGCAAUGAAGGAAGAAGCCUACUUUAUGCGUCGCGAGUUCGGGUUUUCCAGGACAAUCGCAAAGAGAAUAGAGCCCACGUAGCCGUCCCCUGGGACCGCCGUCAGUGACUCUGUCGAGUGUCUAUUACCGUACUACUUUGGCGCCGUGAUAUUGUACGCGUUUGAACAUGCCGCGGUAGCCAAACGUUUCCGAACAUGGUACCACGAUGGUUAAAUAUACAAUAAUUGAACUUGCCGCGGACGCCGAGCAAUCUCUGCUCUUUGACGAUGUUGAUAUAUAUCGAGGGUGCGCGAACUUGCCGCGGAUGCUGUAGAUUAUUUCUGGGACUGGCUCAAUGAAUGUUUUUAAACUUGGAUUCGAUGUGACAAAUAUCUCAGAACUUGAUAGACGCUGUUUCUUGCUCUUAUAAAUGCUUGAUAGUUUUUUUUUAUUCGAUAAAAUGAUAAAUUGACUAAAUUUCCUGAAUCAUUAAUCUCGUAAGCGUUACAGCAUCUAAGAAUCAAAUGAUAUUAAAGUAAAUUAAUAAUUUGAACAUUACUUUUUGAGAAAUAAAAAAAAAGUAUGUUCCCUAUGCAUCCGUGACAAGUUGAGACCCUCGAUGCCGCAUUACAGAAACAUCGUCACGAAUCCGCCGGUUUUCUUAAUAAUAAUCUUUGCUCAAUUGUAAAGAAUCGAAGAAAGUCUAAAGUAUGCACGACUCAUCGUGUAUGUACCAUCAGCCGCAGUAUAGUGACGUCAAUUUUCUUCUUUAAAACCCCCUUUCACCAGUUCAUCGUGUUGCGAUAAUCUCGACAAAUGAUGUGGAAUGUAGAAUUCGUUGAAUGGGCGCAUGCACUCUCUUUCACGCGUUUACGAAAUAUAUCGAAAUAGCUCUUUCUAUGAAAUAUCAUCAUUCAAAAUCAUCGCCAGAUUAUUCUGAUGUCAAGAGUCUGCUUUACUUUAAUUUCGCGGAACGAUUAAGAAAGUAUUUUUAAUUUUAUAUAUAAUGCGAUAUACCAUUGUUUCUUAGUUAACUCUCGAGUCUUUGCAACAGGGCAUUCGAUUUUCUCUUUUUUCGUCCCCAGUUGUUGCCACUUUAAAGGUAAUACACAUCUCUAGAAAUGGCGUCGCGCGCUAAAUCCGACAUGUGCGAUCGACGAGGAUCUAAUCACGCGAGAAAGACAGAUGGCAAUCGGAAGAGAAAGAGAAAGAGAGAGAAAUAAUUUGACGGAAAUCGAACAAGAGAGACGACGAUGGCGCGCAAAGUUUUGUGUGGAACCCUUAGAAAAUUAUUUUUCUUUCAAAAUCAUCAUUCCUGUCGAUCCGCCGGUACGCUUCGUAAACUCAUUAGGCGGCCCUUGUUCCCGCCAUCGUUAAUUGAGUGUCGAGGUGAAACGAACGACACGGAAUUAUCAUUCGAAUCCUUCUUGUUAGGCAUCAGCGUCACUUCGUCCGUCUCCUUUCUUGCUCUUUCUCUCUCUCUUUCUCUCUCUAUCUAUCUCUCUCUACUUUCUUUCUCCGUUUCGCUCGCGCUUUAAAUCUUUCUUUCUUUCUCGAGAAUUCGUCAUUUUUCAAAGCGACACAAUCGACCGACAAGUCUAUUGUAAAAGAAGAAAUCCGUUCUUCUGCUGCAGCAGAGUGUCACUUUGCGACACACAUCCGGAUCAAAUUUAUUGUAAGUGUAAUCGUAAGUACAUUACGAUGUGUUACAUGUAGGUGCGAAGAAAAUAAUCGAUGUCGUUCUCUCGGAGGAGAGAACAAGGCUCAAUUGUCAAACGAAGGAAUAUUUCUCGCGUCGUUUAGCGAAGUCUACGUUGGUGCAUUGAUUGUUAAAGUUGACCGAUACGCAAAAGAUACAUAUAUAUAUAUAUAUAUAUAUAUAUAUAUAUAUAUAUAUAGACAGAUAGACAGAAACGUUUGCGUUUGCCAAUAACAAGUUUAUAACUUUCUCGAAAGAGGAGAGAUCCUUCAAUCCUUCUCUCGUCGAGUUUAAUUUAAAAUUCUUCUUUGUCGCAGUCCUUAAAUUCUUGGCAUUCAUUUGCGAAUUUCUUCCAAGAGUAAAAUCGCAUGUGUGUUACCGCUGCAGGCGGAUGUUUACAGCAGCUAGUGUAACGUGUAACGCUGAGUGAUACAACUCGCGGCAGGCAAAAAAAAAGUUACAUCGACGUGUAAACGCGAAUCGAAGCUCAAAGCCCAAAGCACGAAGGAUUUUCGGCGCGAAAAAAAUGUAUGUCAGCGAAGCGCGAAAGGUUUUGCAUGCUCGUUUUUUUUUAUUCAUCAAAAUACUCUCGUUUCAAUUUUAACGACCCUCUCCCGAUCGAUUAAUUUAUAUCCUUGGAAAGUUUCGCCCGAGAAACUUGUCGCGGGUAAAUUAAGCCGUGAUUGAAAAAAAAAAAUAUCGUGCGCCGCCGAAAACAAAUUCAUUCCCGAAUGAAAAAUCUCUCAUCGGCGUGCUCGAGAGAAUCAUGUAUGACUUCACGGAUUCAGAAACUCGAAACGAAGCGCCUCGGAAAGAAGAACGAAUCACUAGUCGACGCCGCCAAGGAUCAAAAUCUGAUUUCUGUCUAACAUGACUCUGUGGGCAGCGACGCUGACGGAGAAAGUGAGAGAGAAAAAGUGCUGUAUACAGAGAGAAGGUGUACAAUGUAGGUCGAAUAAGGAGUCGCGCUGGAUGGAUGGAUUAUGUCAAGGAUGCACAAACUUUUUCGGCAUCGACUCGAAUAAAUCGAUAUUACAUUUGUGUGCACGCGAAUAUAGAUAUUAAUACGAGAAGUAAAUCUCAUCAUAUUUUUUUCUCCCUUCACCUCACUCUUUCUCUUUUCUCUCAAAUCGAUCAAUUCUAUUUACGUAAUUAAGCAAUUACAUUUUUAUUCGGAUCAAAGUUUUGGUUUCGUCAUCUCUUUGAACUCGAGAACUGACGAAACGCCGAAAGAUUCGGUCCGAAGUUUGUGCAUCAUUGGAACGUGUAAUUUAAUCUUGUAUAUAUAUAAGGUACAUUUUGUAUAUUGUUAAAAAAGUUUGUGUGAUAUAAAUGGUUAUGUAUUUACUAUCGAGCGCGAACGGCAAACGGGGCUUCCGCGCGAUUAUUCUACAGGCGAUUAGCCGACGUGCGCGACGUGCCAUGUGGUUUCUUUUCUUUCUUUUCGCGGUCCUGCAUCGCCAAGUGCGUCUUCCUUCUGGCCACACCUCUGUGUGUCGACGACAGAACGCGGAAGAUGACUUACGAUCAUCGGCUCCCUCCGAUCGACGCUCUGUUCAACGUAAUCUCUUCGUCGAAUUCUUUGUCUUUCGGGUCGAGCGCGUUAUUAUCAAAUUUGACAUCUCGCAUUUUGAUUGCUUCGACAUCGGCAUCAUCUCUCAGCUCGAUCUGUAAUAUAUCUGUAAUAACUAUGUAAAAUAUUAUGUUACGUAACCCAGGUAGCAAGCAUACGUCACUUUGACGCCGAGUGACGUCAUUAGACGCUACAAUGACGCCACUUUGACGUUUGAUGAUGUCAGUAGACGUCACAAUGACGUCAGUUUGCUACUUGGAAUGUUUUAUAUUACUGUGUGAAAUAUUUGCAUAGUUACGAGUCGAACGACGACGCGAUGACGCGAGUCGCGCACUUGGCGGAAGUGGGACGCGAGCACGGGAUGUCCCUCCGGUUGCUGACGAUGAGAAAAAGGGCACCGCGAAGCCGGUCCCCCCACACGCGCGCGUCUAGUUAAUUUUGUUAUUUCAUUUAUCUCGGACUCUUCGUACUCGGGACCCGACAUCUCUGUAUGUGGUUUCGCGGCCUCUUGUAAAAUACAAUUACACAUGGAACACACCAUACACGUUUAUUAAUUAAUAAAAAAAUCACAAGUUUUUAGAAAACGAG